AUGGCCACAUCCAUCAAAAUCACCACAACCAUUGUCACCACAGUUCUCAUUCUCUUACUAUUCUCCUCCCUGAUUCCAUCCACCAAAGCACAAGACUCGCCGCCGGCACCAGCAGCUCCGGCACCGAGCCCCGGAGUUGAUUGCUUUAGAGUCUUAGUAAACAUGUCCGAUUGCUUUACAUUUGUAGAAAGAGGAAGCAAUUCGACUACACCGGGUAAAGGAUGUUGCCCGGAAAUUGCUGGAUUGUUAGAUAGUAACCCUAUUUGCUUGUGCCAAAUGCUUGGCCGAGCUCACUCCGGUGCUAAAAUUGGGUUCAACAUUGAUGUCGAUAAGGCACUUAAACUUCCUUCUGCUUGUAGUUUGGAGUUUCCACCAGCUAGCAGUUGCUCAGAUCUUGGCAUUCCAGUCGGAGCUCCAUUACCAAGUGAGGAAAGCCCUGCUCCAUCACCUGGAGGAUUUGCUACUAGUCCUACAUCUGACAACAAAGAUAAUAUUAAUGCAGCUUCAAUCAUUGUAUUCAACAAGAUGCAAUUCCUUAUUGGCAUGGUCAUUAUGUUUUUUCACAAGCUUUUUUUGAUACAAUAA